AUGUCGGAAAAGCGUCGCCCUCUCUCUUUGCAAUCCUCUCGUACCAGGCAACGACUGCCAACGCUGGCAGAGGUUCUCGCCCGUCGCACGCUCCCUCCUGUCGAUCUCUACUGCUUCUAUCUCUUCUUGCAGCGCGAGGCGGCUGAGGACGCGCUCGACUUUUGGCUGGAUGUUCAGCAGCACGAAAACCUGUGCAGAGCCUACUUCAAGGAUCUGCGCAAGUCCGGCAAGUCUGUAAAGGAUGAUUGGCCUCAAUACUAUGCCGAGGCACUCGAACGAGGCAGCAUUUAUAACAAGAUCAACGGCAUCAACGACCAGAUGAGCACCGCAAGGAAGGGUGCCGAGACCAGCUGGGAUCAUCACAGCCGCGUAGACAGUCCCGAUGGCAACUACUCGUCCCUCUCGCAUGGCGCCAGCCCUCUUCCUCCCUCUGUCGGUGGCUCGCGCAACGUCAGUGGAUCGUCAGCACCUCUCACAGCACCUCGCUUCCCCGGCGACCCGGACUACCUCGCUCAGCAGACACGCGCCGAGAGAAAGAGUAUCCUCGCCAAGCGAGGCUCCGUAGCUCCGACCGUCAUCUCGCGCUCUGCCGCCAUCACACGCACCGACCUCAUCGCAUCCGCCGAGCGCAUCUACGCGCGAUACCUGCUGCCUGGGUCCGAGAAGGAGAUCUACCUUCCAGCACCGCUGCGCAUCAACUCGUUCCCCAUCUCGUCCUCGGCGCUGCCGCAUCCACAGGAUGCCGAGCAACAGCGAGCGUUGGCUCGCAUCCCAGACAUGUUUCACACCCAGAAGGAGUACGUCUUCCGCACCAUGGAAGCCGACGUCUUUCCGCGAUUCCUGCGAGCCAAGGCGUUUGGCAAUCUCACGCCCAUCUCGGUGCUCGUACGUCUGUCGCUGGGUCUGCUGGCGUUGUGGGCAGCGCUCGCGACCGCGUUCAGCUUCAUCUUCUUGGACGUCGACCGUGUCAAACGAUGCUGGGUCAUCUUGCCCUUUUCGAUCGCAGUGCUGCUGCUCAUGUCGCAUCAGUACGAGUUGGAUCCGAUCUUGGUGCUGCUCGGUCAGAGCGAGACGACGCCGUUCAGGUUAAUUCGCAUCCGCGAACCGUACGUGUACAGGCUUUUGUUGCAACGCUCGCUCAGCGUGUUGUUGUUGAUCGCGCUGAUCACGGCAGCACUCACGGUGCUGUUUGUGUUUGUGCCUGGUCACAGGUUGUAG